AUGACUUGUAUACAACUUCAGAGUAAAAUUCUUCACCUGCACUUAAACUUAGAUUUGGAUGGAUAUGGAGAAUGGGGAUGUUUUAAUGCACACGCAGAGUUCGCUGCCGAUAAUAAUAAUAGCGUAGCUCAGUAUAAUGUAGGGGAUUUAUAUAUUGGUGUUACUACAAAUGUACCACUUGGCAUGAAAUAUUUAAAAUUAGCUGCAUCAGCUAGUUGUCCUAGAGCUAUUGAAUUAUUACAACAUUAUGAGAUUAUCACUUUUCUUAGCGAAACUAAUAUUUAUGAAGCAUCCCAAUAUAAUAAAAACAUUUGCAAUGCAUCAAUGGAUAGAGUUGAUAAGCUGAAAUUGCUAUUAAAAUUACUGGAUUUAAUGAAGGAUAUCUCACAAGUACAAGAUAUAUCACACAUAUUUGGUAGUUUAAUGAAUGAUUUUGAGAUCGUUGGAAGACCUGAAUUUAAUCACGACAAUUGA